UGCUUGUGCCACCUCGCUGUCCUUACGGGCCCCAGUGCUUGCACCACCCUGGUGCACGGCCCUGGUGCCCAUGUCACCUUGGUGCAUGGCUCCAGUGACCCACCUGAUCCCCUGUGCCCGUGCCACCCCGUGCCCCUCGUGCCAGCCCGUCGGUAAGGCACCUCGACCGUCCCGGCAGUGUGCACCUACUGCAGCACCGGAGACCUGCACGCCCUGUGGCGCGCCGCCGGGCGCUUCGCCGAGGCCACCGUCCGCCUGUUUGCCGCCGAGCUGGUGCUGGUGCUGGUGUAUCUCCACGACCUGGGCAUCGUGCACAGAGACGUGAAGAUGGAGAACAUCCUCCUGGAUGAGAGAGGACACCUCAAACUCACCGAUUUUGGCCUCUCCCGGCACCUGCGGUGGGGCGAGAGAGCCCACACCAUCUGUGGCACCCUGCAGUACAUGGCCCCAGAGGUCCUGAGUGGGGGGCCCUACAGCCACGCAGCCGACUGGUGGUCCCUUGGAGUCCUGCUCUUCGCCCUGGCUAGUGGGGAGUUCCCCGUGGCGCCGGCGGGGGACCAUGUGGCCAUGCUGGAACGGGUCAAGCAGAGCAGCUACCAGAGCCCACCCACGGUCAGCCCCGCGCUGGCCCGGCUCCUCGCCGAGCUGUUGUGCCACAACCCCCUGUACCGCCUGCGCUACCUCCACCACUUCCAGGGCCACCCCUUCUUCCGUGGGGUGGCCUUCGACGCCGACCUGCUGCAGAAGGACCCGGUGGCGGUGGCAGUGUCCCCCCGGCCCCCCGAGCAGUCCUCCCCGCCCGACCCCGCCACCUUCGCCGACUUCGACUGCGACCUCACCCCCCCCACCCCGGGCCGGCCCUGGCCUGGCUGA